ACGAACUCUCUGAACACCUUGACGGCAACAACGAAAAGUGGUUUGCAAUCUGUCAAUCUCAACUUCAAACAGUCUUUUCUAAUGCGCUUCGCGAAACAAUUCUAAGUCCCAUAUUGGACAAGAGCCCAUGGCUUGUAUACCGGGAUCUCGCGCGCUUAUUUAUCCAUUUCUCACAUCUAAUUCAUAUAGUUCCAGGUCGGGCUGACGCAUAAUUUCUUGUAAAAUCUCGAAUCGAUUUUUUUCUUGGCGAAGCCUUUCCCACUCCUUUAACAACCUCCGCCUUUUCCGCUUCGUGACGCGAUUUGCCCAGAACCGUGUACAGCCAUGGCGGGCACAAGCCAAUUUAAGUUCCUGGUUAUAGCCAUGGUAUUUCACUUGAUCUACAUAUACUCCAUCUUCGAUGUCUAUUUCGUCAGUCCCAUCGUUAGUGGGAUGCAAUUGUUCCAAGUAGAGCGACCAUCAGGAGUAAAAGCGCCUGCAGAUCGACUCGUUCUCUAUGUUGGCGACGGAUUGCGCGCAGACAAGGCGUUCCAAUCUUUCCCCGAGCCUUACCCCGAAACCGAGGCCGACGAGAUCCCAAGACCACUUGCGCCUUACCUACGUUCCCGAGUACUAGAACAUGGCACAUUUGGUGUGUCGCAUACGAGAGUGCCCACCGAAUCUCGACCUGGCCACGUCGCAUUAAUAGCAGGACUUUAUGAGGAUGUCUCCGCUGUUGCGACCGGCUGGAAACUCAACCCAGUCAACUUCGACAGCGUCUUCAAUAGGAGCGCGCACACAUGGAGCUGGGGUAGUCCCGAUAUUCUUCCCAUGUUCGAAUAUGGUGCGACUCCCGGUAGGAUAGAUACCGAUUGUUACGAUGCCGAGUUUGAAGACUUUUCAAAGGAUGCGCUUGAGCUGGAUAUCUACGUAUUUGAUCAUGUGAAGGAGUUCUUUGCCGCCGCAGAAAAGAAUAAGACUUUAAACGAUGCCCUUAGACAAGACAAGGUCGUCUUCUUCCUCCACCUUCUGGGAAUUGAUACUACCGGACAUUCAUACCGACCGUACUCCAAGGAGUAUCUACACAAUAUCAAAGUUGUUGAUGAGGGCGUCAAGGAAAUCACCGAACUGAUCCAAAAGUUCUAUAAUGAUGAUAGAACGGCUUUCGUUUUCACGGCGGACCAUGGUAUGAGCGACUGGGGAAGCCACGGAGAUGGACACCCAGAUAAUACCAGGACACCCUUAAUUGCAUGGGGAUCAGGCCUUGCGAAACCAGUUGUAUAUCCAGGUGCUAUUGCUCCUGGCCACGAUAAAUACUCGUUGGAUUGGGACCUAAAUGAAGUUAAGAGAAAUGACGUCCAGCAAGCCGAUGUCGCAGCUUUGAUGGCUUACUUGAUCGGAGCUGAGUUUCCAGCCAACUCAGUGGGUGAAAUACCACUUCCAUACCUCUCCGCGAGCAUCAAAGAAAAGGCCGAGGCCUCGUUGGUGAAUGCCCAAGAAAUUCUCGAGAUGUAUAAAGUCAAGGAGAAUGGCAAGAAGACAUCAGAGAUAAGGUAUCGGCCUUUCAAACCCUUGAGUGAAGGAAGUGGCUCAACGCCUGAGGAUCGAGUGUCGUCUAUCAGAGCCUUAAUUAACAGUGGCAAUUACGAAGAAGCUAUCGAAGAGUCCGCGGCGUUGAUGAAGAUCGGGCUUGAAGGGAUGCGCUAUCUACAAACUUAUGAUUGGCUAUUUUUGAGAGCUCUCAUUACCAUUGGUUAUCUUGGGUGGAUGGCAUAUGCCCUGACAACCGUUCUGGACCUACACGUACUUCAAGGAUCGACUCAAGCCUCAAGGAAUCUAGGUGGCACCGUUUUCUUCUCUUCGGUCCUUGUUAUCCUAUAUGCAUCCUUUCUUGUAUCUCGAUCGCCUAUUACGUAUUACGCAUACGCAUUCUUCCCUGUUUUCUUUUGGGAGGAAGUUUUCGCCCGCAGGGAUAGUUUAAUCGAGGGAAGAAAAGCUCUAUUCGGACACAUCAAAACGGGAGCCAACGUGGUGACGUUAGGACUCAAUUUCAUAAUUUAUGUUGGCAUCAUCGAGUCAUUGGCAUUUGGAUAUAUCCAUCGAGAAGUCUUCACCGUACUAUUUAUCAUCGGAGGACUCUACCCGUUAACGAUAGGAAUAUCUUUCCUUCAGAAGCAUAUUGCUCUGUCCGCGACUUGGUUCAUAUCUUGCCUUUUGAUGAGCAUCUUUACUUUAUUACCGGCAAUGAAGGUUGAAAAUAUCCCACUUACCAUGCUUGGCGGUGUACUGAUGGUCGCGGUUGGUGUUUUAUACCUCAUCUUCGAAGAGAAGCUCUUGAUCGAUAUCUCAGAUACGAAAAAGCAAAGUACAGCAAAGACAAAUAACGACAUUUCAAGAACAGUAAUCGGUGUUCAGAUUGGCCUGAUUCUUCUAGCUAUGUAUGUAACGCGAGAUAGCGCUCUCUCGUUACAAGCAAAGCAGGGUUUACCGCGUGGGAAUCGAGCCGUCGCAUGGCUUGUUUUGAUUGUAUCAUUUUUGAUGCCACUAGCCCACCGACUUCAACCAAACAACCACUAUCUCCAUAGAUUAUUGGUUAUUUUCUUAACAUGUGCGCCAACCUUCGUCAUGCUCACCAUAUCGUAUGAGGGUCUAUUUUACUUUGCUUUUAGCCUGUUACUACUCACCUGGGUCCGAAUAGAGCAUCACGGGUAUAAUUUCGUACAGUCGACGAAGAAGGCUUCAGGCGAAGAGAAAAGCACGACCAAGGUAGAAGCCCAGACGACCGUAUCCGAGUUCCGACCGUUGGCUCUGUCAGAUGCCCGCAUAGCCUUAUUCUUCUUUGUUUUGCUACAAUCGGCCUUCUUCAGCACCGGCAAUAUCGCAUCCAUCUCUUCGUUUAGUCUGGAGAGUGUUAACAGGUUAAUGCCUGUAUUUGACCCCUUUUCGCAAGGAGCUCUACUAAUUCUCAAAAUUAUGAUACCGUUUGUGCUCAUAUCAGCGAACCUAGGCAUUCUGAACAAAAGAAUUGGAGUAGCGCCAUCGGCCCUCUUUAUGCUUGCAAUGGCUCUAAGCGAUAUCCUUACUCUUUACUUCUUCUGGGUAGUAAAAGAUGAGGGUUCGUGGCUUGAGAUCGGGUCAACAAUCACCCACUUUGCUAUAGCUAGUCUACUAUGCGUCUUUGUUGCCGGACUCGAAGGCGUAAGCACAUUGUUCAUCGUCGGAAUCGAGGUGAAUAAUUCACACGAAUUGAAGGCCACAAGCAAUGGAAAGGCACUAGAUGCGCCACCAAAGACAGAAGUGACCAAUGGGGAGACCAAGCAUCAAGAUCCAGCGCCUAUAUCAGAUGAGAAAUAGGCAUCCUAAUUUACGCGGAAGUAUAUACCAGAACAUAUACAUGUAUACAUAAUUACACCACUAGACGAAUAGCGGGUUCUACUCUGCCUUUGUAGAUGUAACUGUGACCUGCAUAACGACGCAAUAUGCGCAUCCACGUAUACUGACCCGUUAAUUCCCC